AUGGGCCUCGACGGUGGCAUAGAGGCUGGCGAAGACGACAAGGAGAAGAUCAACCAGGACGUGAUGCUGUUCCUUCGUAAGCGGAGUGAAGCGGAAGUGCCUAGGUAUGCCACUCGUCUGAAGACUUACGUCAGCUUGCAGCAUAAAAGGCAGCGCGCGGCCGCAGCUCGUCGUCACUCGGAGCAGAAACUGAAAAAUCCAAGUGGGUUGAAGAAGAAAAAUGUGGAGAACAACAUGACUUUGGAGACGACGGAGAAUCGGGGAAUGGGAGGGGAGGAGCGGGCGGUGAAGCCACGUCGCGGGGAGAAAGCAGGUGGUGUCGGGUCGCGGUCUCAGUCUCAGUCCGGCGAGCCGGUGGACAAGUGCGGGCGUCGUCGCCGUCGCCGACGUAGCUGUUGCCGCCGGAGAAGGCGUCGCCGCCGCAGCUGCGGCCGUCGCAGGAGACGAAGGAGUUGCAGCCGUCGCAGGAGGCGUAGGAGCUGCCGCCGCCGCAGGAAGCGAUGCCGCCGUCGACGCAGGAGGUGUUAG